UCAAGUGCCAUUUAGACAAAGACUUUCUUCCGAGAAACUACGUGAUUUGGGAUACUCGCUGAGGAAAGCAACCAUGAGUUUUCAUAUACUGAAGUCCUCUGCUAGAGCUGUAAACAAAGUCCCUUUGAGAGCUGUGUCAACUACCUCAGUAUGUCAACAACAAGAAGUUGUAACACUUUCACAGGCAGAAAAAGAUAAAUUUUACCCCAAAAUAGGAAACAGAGAUAUUGUGGGCAAUGGUUACAGUGUCAGACCCUGUUAUGAAGACAGAACUGAUUAUCCAUUUCCAGCACUCAAGUGGAAGGCCAACACCCCAGAUGUUAUGGCUCUCAAGGAUAAAGAAUUAGGAGAAUGGAAGAAUCUAACCAUGGAGGAAAGAAAAGAUUUGUAUAGAGCAAGUUUCUGUCAAACCUUUUCUGAAAUGAAUGCACCUACAGGUGAAUGGAAACAGAUCUUCUCAGCUACAUUGUUGGUGUGUACUGCCUCAGCUCUAUGGAUGUGGUGGUGUGAACACUAUAUAUUUAGUAAACAGCUACCAGAAAGUAUGACCCCAGAAUAUAAGAAGAAGGUUAUAGAAAGAAUGAUCAAACAAGGUCAACAACAGAUGACUGGUAUUAGUGCACAGUAUGACUUUGAGAACAAGAAAUGGAAGGGAAAUAAAUGGUGGUGAAAGACUAGUUUAUAUGUCAGUGUUCUUACGUAUUGUAUAAUUUAAAAUAAAUGUUACGAAAACAUU